AUGUCUUGGACCUGGGCGGUUAGCCAGGCGGAAUCUCGAUGCGACUUCUCCAAGGGCGAGGGGCUCGCAUUGCCCGGCCAGGUAAGACCAGCCAUGAGGAUACACGGCAACUGGGGCCGUCACCUGCUUCCCUUCCAGGAUGCCAGGAGAAUCCCGAGCUGGUGGUAUUUGGCCGGAAGAAAGUGCGACAGUGACAGGCAAGUGAAGGUGCUUAUGGUGAGCUUCAUCCCUCAGACAUGUGAGGAUGCAUUGAUGAUCAAGAUCCAACAAGAACAACGUGAUGUACAGCAGAUACUGCUGGACACGCCUGACGGUCUCGCAAGAUACACCGAAAGCUACAUACUCAGACUCGAAUGA